AUGCGAGGCGAGGUCUGCCACAUCCACAUCGGCCAGGCUGGUAUCCAGCUUGGUAACAGUGCUUGGGAGCUGUACCUCCUUGAACACGGUCUCAAGGCCGAUGGCCAGCUCAAUCCUGAGGCUGAAGACGCAAUCAAUUCGGGUGGUUCGUUCGAAACCUUUUUCACAGAGACACACAACGGCAAAUAUGUCCCUCGUUCUAUCUUCGUGGAUCUUGAUCCCUCACCUGUCGAUGAGAUCCGCACCGGCCAGUACCGUCAGCUCUUCCACCCCGAGAUGUUGAUCAGCGGAAAGGAAGACGCUGCCAAUAACUAUGCCCGCGGACAUUACACCAUCGGAAAGGAGCUCGUUGAAUCAGUUGCCGACCGCAUUCGCCGCGUCUCCGAUAACUGCAACUCUCUGCAGGGAUUCUUGGUCUUCCACUCCUUCGGCGGUGGUACCGGCUCCGGUUUUGGUGCCCUGCUGCUUGAGCGUCUUUCCACCGAUUAUGGAAAGAAGUCGAAGCUCGAGUUUGCGGUGUACCCUUCCCCUCGUGUGUCGACCGCCGUCGUUGAGCCAUAUAACGCUGUUCUCUCCACCCACAGCACUAUCGAGAAUGCUGACUGCACCUUCUUGGUGGAUAACGAGGCGGUUUACGACAUCUGCCGUCGCAACUUGGACAUCCCACGUCCCGGCUAUGAGCACCUCAACCGUCUAAUCGCACAGGUUGUCAGCUCCAUCACCUCAAGUCUCCGAUUCGAUGGUGCCCUCAAUGUCGACUUGACUGAGUUCCAGACUAACUUGGUGCCAUUCCCUCGUAUCCACUAUCCGCUGAUUUCGUAUGCACCCGUGGUCUCGAGCAGCCGCAGCUCCCACGAGAGCUUCAAGGUGCAGGAUCUGACCUUCCAGUGCUUUGAGCCGAAUAAUCAGAUGGUGGUGUGUGAUCCUCGCAAGGGCAAGUAUAUGGCAGUGGCUCUGUUGUACCGCGGUGACGUUGUACCCCGUGACUGCACCCAGGCCAUCGCCUCCCUCAAGGCCAAGGCCUCAUUCAAUCUUGUGGAAUGGUGCCCUACCGGCUUCAAGUUGGGUAUCAACUACCAGAAGCCCGUUCGCGUUCCUGACACUGAGCUUGCUCCCGUCGACCGCUCCGUCAGCAUGCUCUCCAACACAACUUCCAUUUCUGAGGCGUGGGGUCGUCUUGACCACAAAUUCGACCUCAUGUACUCGAAGCGCGCCUUCGUUCACUGGUACGUGGGUGAGGGUAUGGAAGAAGGCGAGUUCUCCGAAGCUCGCGAGGACCUGGCUGCGCUGGAGAAGGACUAUGAAGAAGUUGCCAACGACAGUCUGGAGCCGGAGGGUGAGGAGGGUGAGUACUGA